AUGAACUAUCAUUUGGUCAUGGAUGAUCGCUCCGUGCGAUCAAUUUUGGCUAGUGCAGAACCGGGCCAACUUGGCAUGGUUGGCUACGUGAAUGUGCUAGACGCGGAAUAUGAAUAUGAACCCGAGGACCCGGACGACAACACUUCUGAAUAUUACCAUUGGUCUGUGAGACUUAAUUUUGAUCACUUACUUCGCUUUGUUCUUUCUUUCCAGGAUGUCGGUGAACAGGCUUGGGGGAGUUGCAGCAUCGAAAGCCCCGACGACGUUCUCUACACGGAUGGUCAUGGAUUCGCGGUGAGGGACAAGACGGUAUUUCUCUGUCCGUUAGACGAUGGGGUGCACGGUUUAUUCGAGAACAACAUUGCCGAGUUUCAAUAUCUUGAGAGUCUUGAAUGA